AUCAGGACUUGUUUCCAACCGCUGCUGGUGAUGUCAGACAGCGGCUGGGUCACGCGGAGGUCAGCGGCGGAGGAGGUUCACGAGGAGUUCACGCGCAUACAUUAGGUAACACCAUCGCUCGCUCUGGCAUAACUAGUAUGAAGCAGGUUGAGUUGAGACAUACGUCAAUAAAGAAGAGAUAAGAUGAAGAAGUCCUGGGACUAACUCUGUUAUGCAAAACAGCCUUCAAAUCUGGACGUGUUCGGCGGUUAUCGACUCUCUCCUGCAACAUGCACGCAGUCUGUGGGAAACACAGGUCCGUUACUGAGCGCUCACGCCCCUUUGAACGCAGCACAGACAUGUUUUACAGUUGAAACACCGUUUGCAUUAAACGCAAAACCGAGAGAAAAAAAAAGCCUGCUGGGAAGGAUUAACAUCGGCACACGGACUGCGCUAAGACUGAAACCAGAAAAUGUUUGACUAUGUUGAAUUUCAAGCUUUCGGACCCGGUGAAAUCAUGGACUUGUACACUUCUACACCCAGCCCGGCGUGCACGCUGCAGGACCAGGACCAGGACCUGGCAGCCUUCUUCCCCGAGCUGAUCGAGGCGGACUGGCAGCAGCACCGGUGCUCGCAAUCCGUUGGAAGCCAGAGCUCCAGCUCCAGCUCAGACGACCUGUUUGCCAGCCCCGCCUCCCCACCGCCGCCUCCUCGCACUUACAAGCCCUGUUUUGUGUGUCAAGACAAGUCCUCGGGGUACCACUAUGGCGUCAGCGCCUGCGAGGGCUGCAAGGGCUUCUUCCGCCGCAGCGUGCAGAAAAACAUGGUGUACACCUGCCACCGAGACAGAAACUGCAUCAUCAACAAGAUCACGAGGAACCGCUGUCAGUACUGUCGGCUCCAGCGGUGCUUUGCAGCGGGAAUGUCUAAGGAGUCAGUGAGAAACGACAGAAAGAGGAAGGGGAAGAAGGAGGCGGUGAAGAUGACCAUCAUGGAGACGUACGAGCUGACGGCGGAGCUCGGCCUGAUAGUGGAGAAGAUCUGCAGGGCUCACAGAGAGACCUUCCCCUCUCUUUGCCAGCUGGGAAAAUACACCACGAACUCCAGCUCAGACCACAGGAUCCAGCUGGACCUCGGGCUGUGGGACAAGUUCAGCGAGCUCGCCACCAAGUGCAUCAUCAAGGUGGUGGAGUUCGCCAAGCGAGUGCCGGGUUUCACCGGCCUGACCAUCGCCGACCAGAUCACUCUGCUUAAAACCGCCUGCCUGGACAUCCUGAUCCUGAGGAUUUGCACUCGCUACACUCCUGACAAAGACACCAUGACGUUCUCCGACGGGCUGACCCUGACCCGCACCCAGAUCCACAACGCCGGAUUCGGACCGCUGACAGAUCAGGUCUUCACAUUUGCCGGCCAGCUGCUGCCACUGCAGAUGGACGACACGGAGAGCGGCCUCCUCAGCGCCAUCUGCCUCGUCUCUGGAGACCGACAGGACCUGGAAGAGCCGUCUAAGGUGGAGGUGCUGCAGGAGCCGCUGCUGGAGGCGCUGAAGAUUUACUCCCGCAAAAGGCGACCCAGCAUGCCCCUCAUGUUCCCCAAAGCCCUCAUGAAGAUCACUGACCUGCGCAGCAUCAGCGCCAAAGGAGCUGAGAGGGUGGUGACUCUGAAGAUGGAGAUCCCGGGCUCCAUGCCGCCUCUGAUCGAGGAGAUGCUGGAGGAUCUGCAGGAGCUGGAGAAACACUCUGAGGAGAGCAGAGCGGAGGCAAACACCAGCCAGCACUCGAACGCACCGUCUCCUCACAGUACAUGAUCUCUUCUCACUCUGUACUCUGAAGUCGCUCAGAAGAACUUUGGCUCCCGUCUUCCCUCCCAGAGAAAACGCUAACAAUAUCAACAACAGAUGCAGUCCAGAGGACUGCUAGUGUCUUACCUCAGUUUCACAGACGCCGCUGUGUUCAGUCGUUACACUAAUGACCACGCUGAUGAACGAAGAGCUAACUUCUGCUUCGAGGGGGGAAAAAAAGAGAAUGCUGCAGUAAUGUUUUAAUCUGUCACAAAUGCAUCACAUUUGCAUUUUUUAACCCCUCCUAGCAGACACCUCAUAACCACUAGGAAUCACACAGGUUUCUACUGUAUUUAUAUUUCCAUGAGAUAUCACAUUAAUUCAUUUUUACCUCAUUAAAUAACAAUGCCUUUAGCAUUAGUCUAGGAAAAUUUGUAAACAUAUGGACUCAAAACGUUUUUUACACUCAAUUUAUUGAUUUUCAUAGGGUCAAAAGAGAGUUCUGGAGUAACUGUUGGAACAUAGAAAAAUAGAUUAGAAAAAGAAUUUCUGCACAAAAGGGAAAUGUAAAAGCAAAAACAUGAUGGCGAUCCAUAAAAGUGAAUGUUCAUAACUGGCAUUAAGUUCACAAAUGUACAUAAAGGAUUUUAAACAGGAAAUUAGGAACAUAAGUAGAACUGAAUGAAUCAAUUCAGAUCAGCAAAGCGAUUCGUGAUAUCCACCUUCAGCAUAGUCCCUCAGCGGUGACUUUCUGUGACAUGCGAUACAUUUCAUUGUGGAAUUGUUUGCAGAAAUGAAUGUACUUGCCAUGGACACUACCUUUUUUUUUUCAUGUGCCAUGUUUUUUCAAAGCACUACAUAAUGCACUCAAAUCACACUUAAGAGUUUGGACACUCAAAAAAAAAGGCAUUGGGUAAAGGUAGAGCUUUGUAUAUCAAAUUGGGAGUCAUUUCGGACACCUAAGAACGCUGGUUGCUUAAAAUAAUUUCACAAAGACUCCAGGAAGUCCCUGUGUCCAUUCAAGAAAUAGUCCCGCACAUAAGCCCCCGAAAAAAACCAGAAAUAGUUUUUACACUUUGUUUUGUACAAAUCAAAAAAAGAACAAAUUAAACAUGACAUGCUAGUUAGUGAGAUUUAGAUGUACUUAUAUGUUUGUUAAUUUUGGGCAGAACCAGGCUAACUGUUUCCCCCUGUUUCUAGUCUUUAUGCUAAGCUAAGCUAAGCUAACAGCUGCUAUCUCCAGUAUAUUAACAACAUGCAGACAUGAGAGUGGUAUCGAUCCACUCAGCCAAGUGUCAGCAAUAAUACAAAUUAACUACUCCUUUUAAGAGCUUGUCGCUCAAUGGACGCCAGUGUUUUUCUGGAGAUCUGCUUGAUUGUUUUGCAGAAUCAUAUAUAUAAGUACACUGUAAGUAAGCUUAAAACACAACUUUAUUCUUUUAUGCAUAUUCUUAAUGCAAAGUUUUAAUCGCAGAUGAUAUAUUUGCAGUUACUGGUAGGCCUGGAUGUUGAUCGAAAUGUUCAAAUUUCAGUAUUAAUAAUGAAAAGUUUGUUAUACCUUGUUUCGAUGAGUUCUGUUCAUGCAUAUUUUCUACAAAUUUUAGUUUUUUCCUUUAACAAAAUAAGGCGUUUGUUAUAAUGCAUCUGUGUUUGAUAUGGUCUUCUCACAGAUAGCCGUACAUUAAUUUUUUCCCUAAAUGAAAUACCGUGUACAAGUUGUACCGUAGAAAGAAUACGGAUAAAAAAGAAAGAAAUCUACAAAAAGGAUUAUGGGAAAUGUGGUCUAAUGUUUAAGAAAACGAAAAGCUACACAUCCAGCAGCAUCGUCUAAUUGUUGGCAAAGCAAAUCGGGAUUAUAUAUAACAUCAAAAACUUACAUUUGUGCCUAAAUAAAUGUACAUUUCAUGAAACAGAAGGAUGUUUUUAAAUGUAUAAGUAUAAAAUAUCUACUGUGAGUAACAAUACAAGCAGCCUGUAUACUGUAAGAACCCAUGUGCCUACUCUAAAUGUGCCAACAUCUUCCAUAUUUUGUGAAUUUUACAUAUUUUGCCAAUUUAACCUGGAACAUAUCACAUUUCAUAUGUUUCUGUUGGUCUAUUAAAGUCUUGUGUACUGGA